GUGCUCCGCCCUGCCGGCGCUGGGGCGGCUCCGGUGCUGCCAGAGCCGUUGGCUUUGUCGGCCGGGCCGGGGGGCGGCCGCGGCCUGAGGCGGCGGCUGGGAGCGGAGCGGCGGCGUGGCCGUGCGGUGCCCGCGCCCCUCAGGGGCCGCUCUGUCCGGGGGAACCGGGCCGGGCCGCGCUGGCCGGGGCACACGGCUGUGCGGACACCGCCGAUCCCGCAGCCGGGAGCGCCCGAGGAUGCCCGGCGGGGCCGGUUCGCUGCUGCCCGCCGGUGCCGCGGCGGGGUGCGAGGCGGAUCCGAGCCGGGUAAAUGGGAAAGUUUCCCUCCGGGCGGGCUGAGUCGCUUAAGGAGCUGCCAGCGCUCCCGCUGGCUUUGUUCCGGCGCCGGGAUGUGCCGGGGGAGGCUGGCCGCCGGAGCUCCGCCGCUACCUUAAUUUAUUUUGGAUUAGGAUUCCCGUGACAUGUGAACUAGAAGAUAAUUUGAAAUAGAAGGCCUCUCUAUUUUGAAGUGACAGUCUUUAUCAAAAUGGUUGGAAAACUCAAACAGAACUUGCUGUUGGCAUGUCUGGUGAUCAGUUCAGUGACAGUGUUUUAUUUGGGCCAACACGCUAUGGAGUGUCACCACCGAAUAGAAGAACGCAGCCAGCCUGUGAGGAUGGAAAGUGUGAGAAGCACAGUAAGAACUGCUUCCAAUGUAAAUGCAAACAAAACCUUUGCUUACAACAAAGACAUGCCUUUAAUAUUUAUUGGAGGAGUACCUCGAAGUGGCACUACCUUAAUGCGUGCCAUGCUUGAUGCCCACCCGGAUAUUCGGUGCGGAGAAGAGACCAGGGUAAUCCCGCGAAUUCUGGCAGUUAAGCAGAUGUGGGCUAGAUCGAGCAAAGAGAAGAUCCGACUGGAUGAAGCUGGAGUCACAGAUGAGGUUCUGGACUCAGCAAUGCAAGCGUUUUUAUUGGAAAUCAUUGUGAAACAUGGAGAGCCUGCUCCGUAUUUGUGUAACAAAGAUCCUUUUGCUUUAAAAUCCUUAACUUAUCUUGCUAGAAUUUUCCCCAAUGCCAAAUUUCUUCUAAUGGUACGGGAUGGUCGUGCAUCCGUGCAUUCCAUGAUAUCUAGAAAAGUCACAAUAGCUGGGUUUGACCUUAACAGCUACAGAGACUGCUUGACCAAGUGGAAUCGUGCUAUAGAAACUAUGUAUAACCAGUGUAUGGAGGUUGGUUUUGAAAGGUGUAUGCUGGUCCAUUACGAACAACUCGUAUUGCAUCCUGAAAGAUGGAUGAGAACUCUCUUAAAGUUUCUUCGCAUCCCAUGGAACCAAGCAGUGCUGCACCAUGAAGAAAUGAUUGGAAAAGCAGGGGGUGUUUCUCUUUCAAAGGUUGAAAGAUCUACCGACCAAGUAAUCAAGCCAGUCAAUGUGGAAGCACUGUCAAAGUGGGUUGGGAAGAUACCUGCUGAUGUUUUGCAAGAUAUGCCUGUAAUUGCACCCAUGCUAGCAAAACUGGGCUAUGAUCCAUAUGCCAAUCCGCCAAACUACGGAAAGCCAGAUCAAAAAGUUGUGGAAAACACGAGGAGGGUCUACAAAGGUGAAUUUCAGCUUCCUGACUUUCUUAAAGAAGUGCCCCAGCCAAAGAAGACAGUAGAAAGGAAGUCUCGUGGCAAGAUAAAAUGAACAUGGAUCAGUAAAGUCAAAUAGCCGUAGUACUGAACCUAUGGAAUAGAAGAUACAAUGGAUAUUUCUUGCACAGAAG